ACCUGGCUCAGCUCUGUGCCAUCAGGCCAGGGACACUUGUCCCUGCUGCAGGGAACCCACGCCAAGGCAUCCCUUCGGUGCAUGGGCCGGGUGCCACCCGACAGCAGGCGCAGGGGUUCCCAUGGCAGCACAAACAGAAGGACAACAGCCGGAGUGGAGCCGAGCUGCGCUGCGUCUGCUGCACCGCGUCCACGGCCGUCUGCGGAGAGAAGCCCGGUGGAGGUCUCCUUUGGGUGAGAAGCCAUAAAAACAAAGGGGACCCACAGCAAAGACUACAAAAGAGAUCGGAUUCAGAGAAACAAAAAGCUAAUCUUCAACAGUUUGCCAGCCUAAAAUUAAACACGAACCAGUUCCCUACAGCAUGUCUGUGUUGUCCAGCAGUCAUUCAGCCUUAUCACAAGAAACCCACAGUACUGGAGCAAUUUCUGGGUCAACAAUGCCAUCUCCACAUGAAGAGUCAAUCUCUGAAAGUCUCUCUUCCAAACCUGGAAUGGAAACAUACCUUGUGCUGUCAGAAUUCCCAGAAGAGGAUGAAGAAAACCCAAUGAAAAAUCCUUUUACAGUUCCUCCAGAUCUUGAUGUUUUCUUAGUAAGGGACAAGGAAAGAAAAAAGGCUAAGGCGGAACGUGAAAAGAUGAAGACCAUGAAAAUCCAUGAGAAAAUGACAUACUCCACUAAAGUAAAAGCAAAGCAAAAAGGGUUCAGGAAAGCUUUGCAAAAGGAGGAGGAGGAAGAAAACAGAAAACAGGCAACAGAUGAAGAAAGACUGAAAGCUCUUCAGGAGUGUCUUUCGUGGAAGAUAGCCAUUAAAAAAGAUUACCCAUUAGAAAAGGAGACCUUCCGCGACUACAUAAAUGACAGAAGAGAAAUAUUUUUACUUGAGUAUGCCAUGGCAGUGAAGAGAGAAGAGAUUCAAAGGAUAGAGAACAUAGCAAAGAAAGAGGAAAAAAAGCUGGAAAAGGCUGAACACCGCCUGGAGAAGGAUGUUGCCAUGUUUGAUGAGUUCCUGAAGGAGAACCACAAAAAUUCUGUUCAAGCCCUGAAAAUUGCUGAAAAAGAAUCUGCAGCAAAGACACAGAAAAUAACAGAGAUCCAGAUGAUCAAUUCCCAAAUAAACAACCUCCAAAGUGACAUAUCCAGAUUUGAGAAUACUCUGCAGGAGUACAAGAUCUACAAGGACUUCCUCUAUCAGCUAUCUCCAAAAGAGUGGCAGGAGGAACGUGUAAAAAAGAACACAAAGCAGUUGAAAACAGCCUCCAAAGCUAACAAAGAAAGUGUCUCCUCUCCCACCGCUGCAGAGGAGGGUUAUACAGAUGCGCCAAGUUCUCUGCUGUCUGCAGAAAGUUUGAAUUUAAGCCUAUUACGUGAGAUCAGGCCACAGCUCAAAAGCCUCCUGAAGCCUCUCUCAACAAAAAAAAUAAGUUCACUGGAGGAGCGAGACAGCGAAACCUGCUCAGACGAAGAAGAUGAGGAGCCUGAGCUAUAUUUUACUGAUCCCCAACAACUGCUGUCUAUUUUCACGGAGAUGGAGGAAGAGAACUUGUCCUUCAUCCAGAAUUCCCAGGAGAUAGAGGAAUGUUUGGAUGAGCUCCAAAACACUUUCAUCACCACACACCAAAGGACGGAGCACGAGAUAGGACAGCUGAAGCAGGAUGUGGUCAACCUCAAAUCCACCAUCGCCAAAGAAGAAGAGAGGGCAGCAGAUCUGAAGCACAGAGUUCAAGUCUUUUCUUCUGAAGAACACAAUGCUGAUGUCCAGGACAAAAUGCUCACAAGCUUGAACAAAAAGGUGCAGGAGGUCUACAGCCAGUGCAUUGGAGACAAUGAGGCAAACCUGCCGACAGUGCAGAUGCUAGCAGCGAUAGAAAAACAGCUCAAUGAUUUACUGGACAACCUGGAGAGAGUGCCACCAGAAAAGAUAGCACAGAUUGAGAAAGCCAAAGAAAAGGAACGGAGGAUAAGGCUCAGAGAGGAAAAGCUAAAGCAACAGAAGAAGCUGCAGGAGGAAAGAUUGCAACGGGCCCUGGAAAGAGCACAGGCAACCAUAAAAAUAAAGACUGGCAGGAGGCUGAUGUUCCGCUCCAGCCCACCCGCCAAGAAGGAAAAGAAGAAGCGCAGCCAAGAACAAAUGGAUAAGGAGAAGGAAGAACUACUCUAUUAUUUCACUUGACAGCACAGCCUUUGCUAUACCAUGUAGGGCUGAUAAUCAUUCCAGAAAAAAAGGUUUUCCUAGAUCUACAGUCUGUUAGAGUCUAAGCCAUUUACUCAGCGUAUGAACUUCAUAAAAUUCCUUAUCUUAUACCACAACAUCCCAGGGAAAAGAGCUAGUGUCAGGUAAACGCUUUUUACCCCCCGAUUUUUUUUCCUUAAGGAAAUAAAAUUUUCUCUCAUUUCAUUGCAGGCAACAAUGCUUUUCUCAGUCAGUUCUUGAAGCAGAAAGCUUUAUUCCUACAAGCCUGGCUAGUGAGAUUUAUCACAGUAAUGAUUUUUUGUUAUGGCAGAACUAAGUCAGGAACUUACCAGACAUUUAUUAUUAAAAUCAGAGAUCCGGUGAAUAACUAUAAACAUGAAGGCUAUCCCUUAAUCCAAAGGAUGGGUUUUGUUACACAUCAGUAACUCCAGAAAAGGAAAAAACAAGCUAUAUAGAAACCAAGCUGUUGACCAUUAGCUUUAUGUCAGAUGCAUCCAUACAAAGAACACCAUCCAGUGACAAACUGACCAUAAGAAAAAAAGCUUUAUUAACCCUUUUGCACCAGCAGUUCUUCGGGUAUCCAUUGCCAGCAAUGGACUUCAAGCCAAGUGAUCCAAUUUUCGGCCCCCAGAGGUUAGCGCUUUACAUUCAUUUACAAAGCUGAAUGAGGUACAUUUUCAGAAGUAUAAAGAUUCAGUUGCAAGUCCCAUAAAAAGAUGGAGUGUUCCUUGGCCAUUUUGUUAGAUUAAGAACUGGUAUGGUCCUUGAAAACAGAUUAACACAGGCAAUGGGAGCUUGAGGAGUUUCAGCUUCCAGAGAGAGCACGGUGACCACUAGGAAAAGCACCAGUAGUCCCUUCAGCAUGAUUCCUCCUCAACCCUUCUACCUCUCAGGAGUGGAUUCCAUGCUGUGGUCACAGCCAUCAAGUAUAUCCCCUACCAAUUAGCUUGGUUUUGAAACCCCACCUGAGAGGGUUAUGAGAUUCCCUGGACAUAUGCUGUAAACUCAGGAUGAGAGGAACAGAGAGACUUCAGUGCUCAGAUAGUUAAGCAAAAGAUAGAAAAAAUAAAAACUGGUUCAACCAGAAGAUAAAAUACUGCCUACAAACCAGGACCUGAAGUUAAACGUAACCUGUAUACACUCCCCCCCACCCCCUCCCAUCAACCAAAAAAAGUAUUUUUCUGGACACAUACAUAGUUCAAAAGGCACAGGAAGUAAAAGCAUUUCUGAAUGACCUCGUGUGAAUUCAACAUCAGUAAAACUGUAAAAUAAAUAAAUAUGUGCAAGAUUAGAAAGAUCACAACGUUCUUCUGCAUGACAUAUCUUAUUUCAUAAAAAAUAUACACAUACGUGCAUACACACACCUCAUUGAGAAUAAAAAACAGUACAUACACCCUUUUAUCAAAUUCCUAUACAUAAUUUUAUAGGCAUUCAGUACAUAAGAAACGUUUAAAUUGCCACCUUAAAAUGUAACCAAAUGGUGUUUUUUUUCCCCCAUACAACCGUAAACGUACUUAGGUGUCUGCAAUCCAAUCCAGAUAAGUACAGUACAUACAACCUCUCCCCCCACCCCCCAGCAGAAACUGCAGCUUUUCAGCGGGACAAAUCUUACUAGGUAACAAUUCUUUUCCCCUCCCAACAUAUUCUAACAACUGCAUAUUCUGUAAACCAGACGGAAGCUCCACAUGCAUGUGAUACUCUGUGAUAUCAAUAAAGAAAAAGUGUUAACAGUGUUCCAU